AUUGGUCGACGGCUAAGCAAGCGGAAGCCGAUUGCUCCGGUUAUCUGUCUCGCGCGGGCCGGCUGACUGUUUACGAAGUGAGCUAAAGCGCACCCUGGCGGCUGAGAACGUACAUUUCGUCUCCGUCCGGUAGUGUGCUCGCCAAGAGUGUCAAGAGACGUAAACUUCGCCAGUGAACACGACAAUGUGGAGAAUCAUCAAACUUCAACUCCGGAUCCUCUUGUUUUCGAUUUUCGGCUUCUUUACGCUGCCGUUCCUCCCGGUGAACCUCGACUUCGAUCCGAUCGCUUAUAAUGUGUCCCUACCCGAGUUCAAAGGAGCCCUGGCUCCCAACAAGUUGUUGGAUAGCGGAAAGAUAAUGUUCCAACAAAUUCUCCACGGCCCGGAAUCGCUCGCGGUCAAAGACGGUCUCAUCUAUACGGGAACCCGUUUGGGUGACGUGUACGCCAUCGACCCGGUCAGAGAAACGCUCACGAAGGUCGCCAACACCGGAAGCGAAUGCGGAGGCUUCCACGAUGAAGAGAAAUGCGGACGAGUUCUCGGUCUCCGUUUUGCGAAAAACGGAGACUUGUACGGAAUCGACGCUUUCAAGGGCCUCUUGAAAAUCGACAUCAAAACCGGGAAAGUGGAAACACUCGUCAAAGCGGAAUCUUACGUUGGAAGCUCUCGACUACGAUUCGGCGACGACUUGGACAUUGACGACGACGGCAUCAUUUAUUAUUCGCAGGGAAGCCGCCGAUGGGGUCUUCAUCAGAUCAUUUACAUUGUUAUGGAGUACGACACAACGGGACGCAUCCUCACGUACGACACUAAGACCAAGAAGAGCGGAGUGUUGAUUGACGGUAUAGCGUUCCCGAACGGAGUUCAGCUCACUGCUGACAAGAAAGCCCUCUUGUACUCGGAGCUCAACGCGAAGAGGAUCAACCGAUAUGAGCUUCAAGGACCAUCCAAAGGAAAAGUUUCGGUGUUCGCCGAUCGUCUGCCAGGAGGUCCCGACAACCUUCGCUUGAGUCCUCGCGGGACAUAUUGGGUCGCUUACGACACCGCUCGCUCGGCGAGUACUCCCUACGUAGCUGACCUCAUCGCUCCGUAUCCUCUGAUCGCCAAAGCAACCAUGAGGUUCUGUUGGCUCAGCGGGCAAGCUCUGAAAUACGUCUACCAAUAUUUCGACCAUCCGACGAUACGAGACUUCAUCGCCGACUUGGAGCACGGGAAGAUAUUACUCUCUUUCGCUCCGAAGCGUGGAAUCAUCACGGAGCUGGAUCAGAAUGGAAAAAUUCUUCGGAGUAUGCAUUCCUCGCAUUUGUCGAUGUUUUCCGAAGUAUUGGAAUUCGAGAAUCAUUUCUACAUCGGCUCGUUCAUCAAUCCCUACCUCCUCCGGAUAGGAUCGCCGAAAAAUUGAGUUCGAUAGACGUCGAGGAAAUAUCAAUUCAAGAUCAUUGAUAGUGGGUAUUAUCCUCUGGAUCGGAAUUCUGUGAACGAGGAUGUUUUCCAUGCUGAAAACUUGUUUUCGUCCGCGUCAUCGGAGCAAUCUGGCUCAAUAUUAAGUUAUCCGAGGGGGAACUUCGAGUUUUCACGGAAAAAGACCGAGAAAAACAUUCACUGUCUGGAUAUCGAGCUCAAUAAAUGAUGAGCCUUGAGUCAUCUGAGGAGUU